GGUGUUGGAUGCCAAAGUGAAGUGCCUUGGCUGCCAUUAAAGCAAUCUCUUUGUUCAUCAGAAAAGUUUUCCAGUGUUUCUUUCUAUUGUUGUCGGACAAUUGGUUGCAGUGAAUUGAAGAAGUUUCUCCGAUGCAAACGUCUCAGAAUCGAAAAAUUACAGUGCAAGAGAUGAAGUCCUAUUGUCGGCCUCCCAAAUUGGAACGAUACUGCACCCUUGAUACGUCAUCUGGCAUGCAGAAUUCUUCUUGUACUGCCAGUUUCUCACCAAAUGGUAGUUCAGUUUCACAGUCGAACCAAUCUUACCCGAUGGGCAGAAAUCAUUCCCCGGACGAUACAUGCGGUUCACCGGUAAGUGAUUCUUGUGUGACAGACCAUGAACAUGACUUGAGCCACAUGAUAAGACAAUUGGAAACUGCAAUGCUAGGCACUGAUUCGGAAAUUUUCGAUAUUCACACUAUCACGGGGUCCAGCAGAUCGACUGGAGUCUCGAUUGAAUCAGAGAGGUGGAAGUACAUGAUGGAGAUGAUUGCCCGAGGGGACUUGAGAGAACUUCUAUGUGCUUGUGCUAAAGCCAUAGAAAAUAAAGAUAUGUAUAUGACCGACUGCUUGAUGACACAAUUGCGUCAAAUGGUGUCGGUUUUGGGUGAACCGAAGCAACGAUUAGGAGCCUACAUGUUGGAAGGGCUUGUUGCGAGGUUGGCCUCUUCAGGAAGUUCUAUCUACAAAGCCUUAAGAUGCAAAGAGGCUGCCAGUGCUGAACUGCUUUCAUAUAUGCACAUACUCUAUGAGAUCUGCCCGUAUUUCAAGUUCGGCUAUAUGUCGGCAAACGGUGCAAUUGCUGAAGCCAUGAAAGAUGAAAGUAGAAUCCAUAUAAUUGAUUUCCAGAUUGCACAAGGAAGCCAAUGGCUUACCUUAAUCCAUGCUCUUGCUGCUAGACCAGGUGGACCUCCAAGCAUACGUAUUACAGGCAUAGAUGAUUCUACAUCUUCUUAUGCCAGGGGAGGAGGACUUGAAAUAGUGGGACAAAGACUACGCAAGCUCGCGGAGUCAUGUAAGGUUCCUUUUGAGUUCCAAGCCGCUGCUAUUUCCGGUACUGAGGUUCAACUUGAUGACCUCAGAAUUCGACCCGGUGAAGCCAUUGCUGUAAACUUUGCCAUGAUGCUGCAUCACAUGCCAGACGAAAGUGUGGGCACUCAGAACCAUCGAGACAGACUGUUAAGGUUGGCAAAGAGUUUGUCUCCAAAGGUGGUAACACUCGUCGAGCAAGAAGCAAACACGAAUACUGCCCCAUUCGUUCCCCGCUUUCUAGAGACAAUGAACCACUACUUAGCCGUCUUUGAAUCUAUCGAUGUUAGUCUACCAAGGGAUCACAAGGAACGGAUCAGCGUUGAACAACACUGUCUUGCACGGGAGAUCGUCAACAUCAUAGCAUGCGAAGGGCCUGAGAGAGUAGAACGACACGAACUUUUGGGUAAAUGGAGAUCAAGGUUUAUCAUGGCAGGCUUUAAACCUCUUCCGUUGAGCUCGUUCGUCAAUUCCACCAUCAAGACCCUGCUUCAAGGUUACCGUGAUAAGUAUACACUUGAAGAAAGAGAUGGAGUUCUUUAUCUGGGCUGGAUGAAUCGAGCUAUAGUUGCUUCUUGUGCAUGGAUAUGCCAACCUACAGAUAGCUGUUUAUUACAGUAUCCGUAGAAUCUUUAAUUUUCCUGUUCGGUAUUCACACAAUUAGAAGGA